AUCCCAUCCACAGCAGACCGCGAAUCAUGGCGUCCGCGCAAUCGAGCGUGGAAAUCAACACCGAAAUCAACACCACUGGCUCCAGCGAAGAGCGUGACAGGCAGGUCAACGCUGCAAUGCUGAUGUCCUGCUUCUCGGACGAGACGCCACCUUCGACCGUGCCAGUGACUACCGGAGUGGGUGGCACCAUGGAGGAACGGGUCGCAGCUUACAAGGAGCGCAAAGAAAAAAUGAAGCAGCAACGCAAGGACAAGGCCGCACGACAAGCGAAAGAGAAGGAAUGGUUUGACCUAGAGAUGGAGAAACCAUACACAGAACAGCAAGCUAUUGAAGAGAUGCUCCAACACACCAUUCCACAGGACUGGACGUCGCUUCGAGGAAGCCGAGACUUUCAGGAUCAGCCGCCCAAUCAUCUCUAUGCAUCGAAUGCUUCCGAAGCAUCCUCUGGAUCAUUGUCAUCGACAUCCUCCGUGUCAUCCAAUGCCCAGGUGGUGCAUGAGCAGGUGGCGUGGAGGGUCAACGCCCGAAGGUCUGGAAGUCCCAGCCCCGAAGAUCCACACGCAACACGUGGUGAACGUCGGGCUUGGACCGCCAAGGGCGCCGAAACCCGGCCUGCCCCUGGGAAUGCAGGGUACGCACAUGGCGACCCCGGCAAGCGGAAACAAGUGACCAGAAUCCGCGUAGAACUGUAGAACUGUGAGUCUUCUGCGCAACUCAGUAGCCUCACUCGCAAUAGCUUGGUAGGCAAAGCCGCGGGCCGCCCUUGACGUGCCACUCUCAAAAUAUUGAGAAAACCUCCAUCAUCCACUGGUCAUCCACACAUCUUUUCCAGCCGAUGAUGAUCUCAGCUGCCAUGGCUGUGAUGCCGAUGGCAAGGAUGGAGACACAUGAGCCACGCUGCUGAAAC